AAUACAUAGAAUCAAGUAAUUUGUCGUUCAGAGCUUGAGAAAAUAACAAUGGAAUACUGUAAAAGAGUACUCAUUUUUAUAUUUCAUCUGGUUUUCUUGUCUUUUAAAACAUUUGGACAAACACCAGCACUUAAUGCUACAGUGCGCCUAGUAAAAGGAACAGAAUCAGCUGGAAUAGUAGAAGUGCUUGGCCCUCAUGGCUGGGGAACAUUAUGUCAAAGAGCCAUAGAUACAAAUGCUGAUGUAGCAGUCGUGUGCAAGCAACUGGGAUUUAAAGAUGCUAUUGCAAUACCAAUAUCCCCACUGAUCUUUGAACCUUACGACCAAUACCCUAAGUUUGUUAUAAGAGAUGUUGAUUGCAAAGGUGAUGAAGAUUCUAUCCAAGAUUGCAAAAACACAGGAUGGGAGGAUUCAGAUAUUUUUGUUACAAGUUUCUUGUCUAUACCUAGUGCUGUCUGGUGUGCAGAAAAAGAGCCAAGAUUGUGGUUAUCAGGAGGGAGAGGGGAGUUUGAAGGUAAUGUGGAGGUAGAUGUGCAGAUAGAAGGAUUUGCAGGUUGGGGAUACAUGUGUAACCCAGAGGAGUCUGAUCUUCAUGGCUAUGACUUGAAAAGAUUGACUAAAGCAGCACAAGUCAUCUGUGUUCAACAAGGAUUCAAAAGGGAAGAUGCAUAUCCCUUAUUUGGCGAUUAUUUUGAGAUGGCAGAAUCAACUAGCUAUUGGACGCUUCCAUUUCUUAUCUCCAGAUUUGACUGUCAAGGGACAGAAGCCUCACUCUUUGAUUGCAAAUUUAAAGACGGUGACCCUGAAUGCAAACAUAAGCAUGCGUUUGCAGUUUCUUGCAAAAGGGAUCCUAUCAAAUAUAGACUAGUAGGUGGUCAGAGGGAGUCUCAUGGUCGGCUAGAAGUUUAUGGAUUUGGCUACUGGAGUCCUGUUUGUCAGUAUAACUUUCAAAAUGAAGCAGCGGUAGUUUGUAAAAGUCUUGGUUACAAAUCUAACAAGACAAAACCUACCGAUCUACCAAGUUACAUGUUUUUCGGAACAAGCUCAGAGCGCAUCAGGCUUACAGGAGUAAAUUGCAAAGGAGAUGAAAAAUCAUUAGCUCUGUGUCAGAGGUUUAUAUUAGGACGCCUUCCAAUUAAGCUUCUUGAUGAUUUGAGGGAAGAAUGUGGGUAUAAGGAUCAAAUUGGGAUAGAUUGUGAGCCUGAACCUGUACAAGUUAGAUUAGUCGAUGGUCCCAAUAACAGAUCAGGCAGAGUGGAAAUUUACUAUUCAGGAACAUGGGGCACAGUAUGCGGACGUCAUUUUGAUGAAAUAGAUGCUAAGAUUGUGUGCAAUACAUUAGGAUUUGGAAAGAAUGCAAAAUUCAUAAGGCAUGUCAAUUCUGACUUUGGGAAAGGGCAUUUGGAACAGAUUAUGGAGUUAUCAGGUAGAUGCUCUGAAAAAAAAUUAAAGUUUGAAAGGUGUCAGGACAUUGGCUGGGGAGACUGGUGUUGGAAUCAUGGAGUAGCUGGAAUCACGUGUGGAACAAAAAAAGAUUGUAUCUAUGGGGGUGUCCUCUAUUCACAUCACCAACAGAUGCCAUCUAUUGACAAAUGCCAGAAAUGUAAAUGCAAACAUGGACAAAAAGUAUGUGAAGCUAAAAUGACAAAGAAAUGCAGGGAAUUAGAAUAAGAAUUGUUGAUACCAUAUUUGAAAUAAAAUAGUUUAUAUGUCAACUCAAAA